AUGACCGAGGGGCCAGCGUACUCUAAGAAGAUCGUCGUGGUCGGCGACGGCGGCUGCGGCAAGACUUGUUUGCUUAUCAGCUACAGCCAAGGAUACUUCCCAGAGAAAUACGUACCCACGGUCUUCGAAAACUACAUCACCUACCCAACACACCCUCCCACCGGCAAGACCGUAGAACUUGCGCUCUGGGAUACCGCCGGACAAGAGGAGUACGACCGACUACGCCCGCUCUCUUACCCCGAAACCGACCUCAUUUUUGUGUGCUUCGCCAUUGACUGCCCGAACUCGUUGGAGAACGUAAUGGACAAGUGGUACCCCGAAGUUCUGCACUUUUGCCCCUAUACCCCUCUGAUUCUUGUCGGGCUCAAAUCCGACCUACGUCACAAGAAGACCUGCAUCGACAUGCUCAAGACGCAGGGUCUUACGCCGGUGACGGCGGACCAGGGACUUGCGGUCGCCAAGAAGAUGGGCGCUCAGUACAUGGAGUGUAGCAGCAAAGAGAUGAAGGGUGUCGAGGAGAUCUUUGAGCGCGCCAUUUUGACAGUCGUAGCCAACGACCGCAAGGUGCUCGAAGCCGAGGCUGCUGCCGCUGGGCCCAUGUCCCCCACGGGUAGUGGAAUCGGAAUUGGGAGAAGAGGCAGUACGAAUCUCAAUGGGCUUAGUGGCGGGAGUAAGAACGGACAUGGAAGCAGUGGCGGCGGGAUAACAUUUGGAAGCGACGGCGUGCAGAUUCCUGUUGUUAAGAAGAAGAAGAGAAAGUGCGCGCUGGUGUAA